AUGUCCGGUAGCAAACACGCCCCUCAGCGAGGUUUCGUGGCGUUCACCAAGAACUACCACCACAAACCUUAUGAUUUGAUAUCCCCUUCCAGGCCCGAACUCUCAGCAGCCGGCAAGAAUGUUGUCAUCACCGGUGGUGGCACUGGCAUCGGAAAAUCGAUCGCCCUCUCCUUCGCGAAAGCCGGUGCUAGCUCUGUGUCCAUCCUUGGCCGACGACUCGAUCGUCUUGAGGCUGCCGCCACCGAAAUUCGCAGCAUCGCCAACCAUGGAACACUCGUCAUUUGCAAGAAAGCGGAUCUUACCAACGCCCAGGAGGUUCGCGAUGCUUUCAAAGAAAUAGCGGAGUUCGUGGGGAGCAUCAACAUUUUCGUCUCCAACGCCGGAUUCUUUCCAAAAGUCUCAAGCGUCCUCAACUACGAGGCGGACGACUACAUGGAAGGGUUCAAAAUGAACGUGGUGACUACUUUGAACGCUUUGCAGGCUUUCCGCCCACAUGCAGCCCCUGGCGCCGUGGUGCUGAACAUCUCAACCGCCCUGGCCCACGUUUCACCUUGGCCCGGCCUUUCGGGCUACGGCGUCACGAAGGGCGCGAACCUGAAAAUGGUGGACUUCUUUGCGGCUGAGAAUCCAGAGAUACACGUUGUCAACGUCCAGCCGGGAGUAGUUGAGACAGACCUUAGUCCACCGGGCACGUUCGAAACCAGUGAUGACCGUAAGUGCUCCAGCAAAUCCUUUUCUGAAUGCGAGCACGCACGUUAA